UCCGAUGUAAACAAAGCGGAAUAUUUCAAAAGUUGUGAAAAUCAAGAGCAAAAAAUUCCUUCUUUUUGUAUCAAACCACAGUCAGUUCGUGUUGGUGUGCCCAUGCCACAUGUGUGACUGGUAUUUUAUGUAAUGGAGUAGAUUUCUACCAGAUAUAUACUGCAGUUCGUUCCAUUUUCAUUCCCUGACCAUUGGAAGACAUGGAGCGAGAGCGACAAGAGUACCUGUCGGCUGAGGAGUUGAGAAAUCGGUUAUACCACAAUCUCAGGGACCGCGGACUGUUUGACUCGAUAAAGAGUCAGCUAAGAAACAAACUGGUAACAGAACUACAGCAAACAACCAAAGGAAACCUUACCGAGAGGACGCCGAGAGAGGCGGAGGAGGGGUCCCUAUUACACAGAGCAUCUAACAGCCUGGUGGCUGACCAUCUACGACACUGCAAGUAUGACUACUCACUCAGCGUGUUCCUGCCAGAGAGCUCAACUCAGCGGGACAAAAUUUUCACCACACAUGACCUGCUUCAACUUCUUGGAGUCAGUUCCCAGUCCCGGCUUUACCGUAAAAUGGCACAGGGCCAGUCUGAUUCCAAUAAAAAAGGAUUUCUGUGGCAGCUGCUAUGUGAGUUAUCUUCUCUUCACUCAGACGCUGUGCAGGAAAGUGGUACUCAGACCGACCUUAUCAAAAUCGGAGUUGUCUCAGAACUGGAUGAGAAAUUGGGAGAAAUGGAAGAAUUUUACUCCUCAAAGCGGGAUGAAAAUUUUAGAAUAGGAGCAACAGCCAUGGAAGAAAGACUAAUGUCAUUUCAGAGACAGCUAGAAGAGAGAUACAGGACGGACUUAAAACUGGAGGUGGCCAGGAUUAAGGACAAUGAGGCAGCAAGGAUUCGUCUGGAGGAAAAGGAGCAGUGUCGGAGGGAGUUCGAUCAGCUGAGGCGAGAGUUGGAGAGAACAUAUCAACAGAAGUCUGAUUCACUGUUACAUAAAGAAAGAAAUUCAAUAGAGAGAAUGCAGAGAGAACAAGAUAUUCACGAAAAAGAAAUUUAUGCCCAAAGACAGUCAAUUUUAGAGGAAAUAGAGAUUUUACGCAAGAGAGAAGCAGAGAUCAAACGAGCGUCAGAAGCCAAUGAAAGAGAAAGAAAACUAAAUGAACAGAGAGUGAAGGACAAAGAGACCGACCUCCGUCGUAGAGAACAGGAAGUCAGAAGGAUGGAGGGAGAGUACGAACAGAAGCUGAAGAAUGAAAUGACCAAAUUCAAAGUUGAAGAACAGGCUAAAUACAUGGAAAGAUCCCAAAAUCUGGAAAUCAGAGAAGCCAGGGCAAGAGAUGAAGAGAGAAGGAUAAGAGAUGAACAGGAGAGAAUUCAGAGUAUCCGGGACGAACUCAAGGAUAAAACAAUGAGAAUUAAUGAAUUGGAGACCAGAGUACAAGAAGAGAAACAUGGUGAAGUGUCAGCAAUGAGACAGAACGAAUUACUGAACGCCAAGCUCAGAGAUAUGGCAGAUUACAAGGUGCUGAAGGAGCAGAAUGCUGUGAUGAAGAACGAACUGGAGACCCUCAGAACGAGGCUCUCUGAGGUCAUGCAGAUCAAUGAAAGAGAAAGAGGAAGACAAGAGGAAAUGAUGAAGGAGUUGAGACGGCCGACCCCGGAGACCCUGAUGUUACAGCGAGAUCUGGAGAAAGCCAAGGAGAGUCUGAGACAGGAACAGACUUUGGGCAACGCUGCCAAACAGCAGCUGGAGAAACGCCUACAGGAGGAGAUGGACAGGAACCGGGACCUGUUGAGGAGAUUUGAGGACCAGACUCUACAGAUGAAGGAGAUGAAUGAGGAAUUAGUGGACCUGAGGGCUCAGCUGUCAAUCACUCACAGAGCUUUGACAAAUGAGGUUUACAGAAAACCACAUGAAGAAGGAAACAACAUGAACCGUUCUGUAUCUUUCCGCGUCCCCACUCAGGCAGCCCCUGCUGAAGGGGACAGGGUGGGGGAAGUGGAGGAGUACCUCCGACUGCCUAGGUCCAGACAGACCACCCCACGGCGCCCCGACCCCGCCCGUGCCCAGCAGGAGUAUGACCAGCAGGACGUCUAUAAUGAAAUUGAGGCCGAGUUUGGACUGCCAUCUACUGGGAAGAGGAGGCUUUACCCAGCAUUCUCUGAGGACGACGCUUCCUCUGUCAACUCAGCAGAUGUAGUAGCUGAUGCUAAAUAUAGACUGAAGAGUUUGGAAAGGGAGGCCCAAAAUUUAGAAGCAGCAUACCGAGAUUUUCAUUACAAACUAUCCAAUCCAGCCUCUGGCCCUGGGGAUCACCCAAAACCUGCAAGAGUCGUUGAAGAUACACAUCUGAAAGAGAAAGAACAAGAAAAACAGAGUCAGAAAAGAGUUGCUUCCCCUGUGGCCAGCCCUAUACACAGACCUUUGUCAUCUACUCCUUACCAAGGGAGGCAAUCCUCUUCUGGAGGAAAUCUGAAUGACAGUCUCCAUGAGCUGACUGGGUCUGGAGCAGACAGGAAAGCCCCGCCCAGGUUUGACCUCUCUACAAUGUCAGACGAUGGAAACCAUAAAGAAAGAGUGGAAGAGCGGCCCCGGCCAAUCACGGUGUCUGACCUUGAAGCCAGACCAGGGUCACCCAGUAUUGUAGUUGUCCCAGGAUCAAGGUCAAGUGAAGAGGAACUCUCACCUAAACCUGGAUCAGCUGCCUUUGUGACAGAGGUCAUGACCCCACUACGACCUCCAGCUGGGGGUCGAUUACAGCCCAUUUCUCUGGACAGUGCAUGGAAAACCCCCACACAGGAUGAUGCAGUGAAUGAAGAAGAGAAGAGGAAAGAAGAGAGGAAGAAAAAACAACAGGAAGAAGAGCUGAAGCAGUGGGAGGAGGAGAGAAGACAGAGGGAGGAAGAGAGGCAGCGUAAAGAACAGGAGUUACAGGAGAAGGAAGAGAGGGAGCUGAAAAGAUUGGAGGAAGGUGUAGAAUCUGAGAAGUCUGAGGCAGUGGCGAAGGAGCCGGAGAUUGACCCGGUGAUGAAGCAGUACAUGGAGAUGGUCCAGCAGCAGAAGCAGAAGGAGGAGGAGGAGCAGACCAAGACAAAGAGAAAGGUUGCAAAGAAACCGAUGGAUGUGUGGUCCAAAGGCACCAACAGCCAAGCUGAUACACAGUCUGAGUUCUCUGUGGCUGAAGACAUUCAAAGCAACAAUGGAUCUGAUGAAGACUUUGGAUGGUGAUCAGCUGAUCUCAGGUCACCCUAGAGUUCAGUUUUAUUGUUGGCCGUCCAUAGACAGAAAUGAAUGUUGGCCGUCCAUAGACAGAAAUUCUUUUAUCUGUGAUAGUGUAUUGAAUUUGUAAAUGUUCUCUUAGAAAUGUUAUUUAUAUAUUUUAGUUUGUAUCUUUAAUAAAUGCAUGUAAAACAGUCUAA